AUGACACUGGACCUGCGAGAGACGACGAGCGGCGUCGUCGGCGCUGUCUUCAACGUCUACAUCGGCUUGCCCUUUGACGUCAUCAAGGUGCGCCUCCAGACGCAGUCGCGUCAGCCCAUCUACCGAGGUUUUGCCGACUGCCUCGCCAAGACCGUACGCACCGAGAGCGUCCGGUCGCUCUGGAAGGGUGCGCUACCCGCGCUCUCCAGCACGAUUUUGGAAAACGCGGUGCUCUUUUCGGCCAACGGCGCGAUCCGCCGUCUGGUGUUUGAGCCAUCGACGUCGCUCUCGACGCUCGAUGAGGCGCUCGUUGGAAGCGCGUCUGGUUUCUUCUCGGCCGCGGCGAUUACGCCGGCCGAAGUCGUCAAGUGCCGCCUCCAGACGUACCAGCACGCCGAGUCCAUGGGCAUUUGGCGCUGCCUCAAGACGAUCGUGCAUGAGGGUGGCUUCCUCGGCCUCACCGCCGGCCUGCCUGCCGUCAUGCUUCGCGACGUGCCAUUCAACUUUUGCUUCUUUGGCAUGUACGACUACUACACCAACCAGUUUAUGGAUGCUUUGGGCGUCGAGUCGCGCCGCGAGCUGCACCCGGCCGCCGUGCUCACAGCAGGCGGCCUCGCCGGCGCCACGAGCUGGACCGUUGUGUUCCCCGCCGAUGUCAUCAAGUCGCGCAUGCAGGUGGACGCGGCCUUGAGCUUUCGGGCUGCUGUCCGCAGCGUAUGGCGUCUUCAAGGGCUCACGGGAUUCUACCGUGGGUGGAGCUCGGCGGUCAUGGGCUCGUUUCCGGCCGACGGUAGCCUCUUCUUGGGCGUCGAGAUGACGCACCGCCUCUUUGCGCACCUCGAAGUCUGCAACUAG